AUCCAUUUCCCUGUCGUCAACGUCGUCCGUUCUCAGUCUUAAAUCCGAUUUUUGUCUUUUUCUUCCUCCGUUCAGCUCUUUUCCAUCUUUGCCUUCGGGACCUGCGGCGGCUACUCGGGGCGGCUGGCGAUCAGCGUGGACUGCAUGGAGAAGGCCAGCAGCAACCUCAGCAUCGGCAUUGACUUUGCGUAUCCUUUCAGGCUGCACCAGGUGUCCUUCGAGGCGCCCGUGUGUGAGGGCACGCGGCGGGAGCGUGUGUUCCUCAUUGGAGACUCUUCAUCCUCCGCAGAGUUCUUCGUCACCAUCGCCGUCUUCGCCUUCCUGUAUUCCCUCGCCGCCACCGGCGUCUACGUCUUCUUUCAGAACACGUACCGGGAGAACAGCCGAGGACCCCUCGUCAGGAUUCGUGGACCCCCGCCAUGCGUCCUCAAAGUAACGUUGUGGCUCGUUGAGCUGACCUCUCUCCUCCGCCAGGACUUCAUCGUCACGGUGGUGUUCUCCUUCCUGUGGCUCGUCAGCUCCUCCGCCUGGGCCAAGGCUCUGUCCGACGUCAAGAUGGCCACCGAUCCCGAGGAGGUGCAGCUCCUCGUCUCGGCCUGCAGAGUCCAGACCAACAAGUGCGGCUCCGUUCAGGGGCCCCGCUGGUCCGGACUCAACACCUCAGUGGUUUUCGGGUUCCUGAACUUCGUCCUCUGGGCCGGGAACAUCUGGUUUGUCUUCAAGGAGACCGGUUGGCACAAGGGCGCCUCGAGGUCAGUGGGCGGAGCCUCCGAGAAGCAGUCCGGCACCUUUACCCAGCAGACCCAACACCAGGGGAGCUUCGACCAAUCGAGGAGCUACAGUGCCCAUGGAGACCUCAGCCAGGUGAGCGGAGCCACCUCCUACUCCAAUCAAAUGUAGCCGUGCCUUUUUGAUAGGAGAGGAGGAGUAGAAGUAAACCUUUUUUGUUGAUACUAGUGUUGGGUAUCAUGCAACAUUAUUAUAUUUAGCCUUUUCCUCCUUCUUUGUCAGGUUGUUUGCUGGAUGUUGUAUUUAUUGUAGUUUUAACUCAUAAGUGAUGAUGUGAGUAAUUCACAUUCACUGUUUUCACUGGAUUUGUUGCUCUUUGUUCGGAACAUUCUUCAAAUUGCCGAAACGGCGUCGUAUCGGUGCUAUUAUGCCUUCUGUGAAACGAGUUAAAUUAAAAAAGAAGAAAAUAUUUGAUCUGUGAAAGUGUACAAACAUCAUAUUGUCCUCCUGGCUCAUUACUGAAUAAUAUUAUUGUUUUCUCAUCUAACGAACUAUAUUUUGAUAAUGAGUAUUUCUAAUUCAGUUUCUCAAUAUACUUUAGUGAAAUGUAGGUGUUAUAUUUGUUAUAAGUCAAUAAAGUGUAUUGAACGUCCGUGUGUGUAUGUGUGUAAAUGUGUGCAGCUCCAUGUGUGUAUAAUGUGUAUAUUUUACAGGCACUCGAGUUAAUAAAUGUACAACCUGCCAA